AUGUCGUCCGAGCUCGCAAGGCUUUCCAGAGAGCCGAUAAAAGAAGACCUCAAAAAGAGAAGAGCAGAAGUGUUGGCUGAAGCUGCAGAGGCGGGAACGAGCAUUCGCUACGUCCGUCGGGAUCGCAAAACAAAAACGAUAGCGACGUCUCUUCGACAGCCACGACAUGUCGUUCAAGAGGAUGCAGUGAAGAGGACUAAGAUGUUCUGGCUCUGUGCUUACCUAUUCAACAGCACCGUUCCUCCUAGUUUGACCUACGGUUCAGAAACCUGGGUGUUUCGCAAGCAGGAAGAAAAUGCGAUCAUCAUCACAGAACGCGAAAUUGAAAAGGUGAUGCUAGGAGUAACCCGCUUUAUGCAAGUAAAAGAGGGCUUUCAAAGUUCACUCCUACGUCACCGAUUGAAGAUAAGAGACGCUGCCGUACAUGCCAAGGAAAGCAAAAUUAGGUGGACCGGACACGUGAUGCGUCUCAACGACAAUCGUUGGACUAGAGGCGUGAGCGACUGA